ACUCGCCCGCCGAUCUGGGCCCUAUUAUCAAACGUUAUUUACCUAAAUUUGAUAUGUAUAAUAAAUAUUACCAAAACAAGCCAGUGUCGGAUCACAUAGUGACCACUCAUCUUGCAUAUUUUGAUCAAAUACGACAAAAACUCGGUAGUCGUUUGGAUCUCAACGAUUUGCUCAUAAAACCGGUGCAAAGAUUGCCAAAAUAUGAAUUGUUAUUCAGAGAAAUUGCCAAACAUGCUCGUGCAGCUGGACGUGAUGCUGAAGUUGUCGGCAUCGAGGAAGCUAUGCGCGUUAUGGGGAUGAUUUGCAAGGCUGCUAACGAAGCGAUGGAAUUACGUCGCUUGCAAAAAUUUGAGGGUAAAAUAACUGCGCAAGGCAAACUGCUGCUACAUGACAAAUUGACCUGCGUUGAAGAUGAGAAGAAUGCUGAACGUAAUGCCUAUAUGAUGCAAAAACCGCGUGAAUUGUAUGUUUUUCUAUUCGAGCAAAGUAUAAUUUUUGCGGAUAUUGAUGGCAAGAAGCUGCAGUAUAGUAGUCCAACAUAUACCUAUCGGUCGCAUAUACAGGUCAACAAAAUGCAGUUAGAAGAAUUACCAAAUAAUCGUUUUCUGCUCAAAUCAACUGAUCCAAAUAAACCCGGUUUGAAUAUAGUUUGCUAUGCGGCCACAGUGGAUUUAACCAAUGAAUGGUUGCGCAUCAUACGCAAUAUACUGCAGUCACAACACGAUUUCCUUAGGGCAAUCACCAGUCCUAUCGAAUAUCAACAGCAGCAACAGCAACAGAAUUAAAAUUCGACAAGCAAACAAAAAGAACAAAAACAUAAACAAAACAGCAAUCAUGUACAAUUAUUUGCAACAAAGCAUUUCGUGGAAAUUUAUAAAAAAAAGAAACUAUGUAUUAAUACAAUACUUGAUAUUUGAAAUCUACAUGCAUUGUAAUCAAGGCAAAAGGAAAACAUUUUUAAACGAGAACGAAGUAUGGGUGUGUGUGUGUAGCAAAAGAAAUUUGUAAUGGAAAUGCAAAGCAAAGAUGUAAAAAAACAAGGAAGGCGCCAUGCCACGCUGUUUUACUAAGACACGCUUUUAUAUACAUACAUAUAAAUUCUAACAAAUAUUUUAAAUGUUCUACUGUUCUGUUGAUAGAUACCCUUUGUAGUUAUUAGUUGAGAAAAAGACUACAUAUAAAACUCUCGCCAAUUUCAACCUAUAUAUUUAUCUAAAACUAUUCAAUUCUUUUUUAGUACUACAGGUGCAUUUGAUUUAUGUAUAUAAAUAUGUAGAUCUAUACAUAUUUAUUAUUUGCAAUAAGUAUUAGCCCAUAGUCUGGCUGUAGUAUUUGAGUUUGGCACAACAGCCGAAUGCUUACGAUAUGUGCAAGCCUAGUUUUAUCGAUGAACAAAAUAUACAUACAUAUAUGUUUAUGUAUGUAUGUAUUUAUGCAUUAUUAAUGCGCAUCUGCUGUCAACAGAAAAAGCUAUUUAAAACAAAAAACAAAAGAAUUAAUUCUAGUAUAGAUUUCCCCCCAAAAAAAAAAUACAAAAACGCAUGCAACCUGCGUUCGAUAUUAUAUGUAAUUUAAUUUAAUUAUUUUAAUUUUUUCUAAUAGCGAAAAAAUCUAUGUCUAAAUAUUAAUAAAGCGACAAGUUAUAAUUGUAAUAUGAAUUAAAUGGAAAGUUGAUAAAGUUGGAAUACUAAGCUAAAAAAAUAUAAAUUAAGUGAUCCUAACGAGUGAUUUAUGCUGCUAAGAAAUUAAAAAUAUGUACUAUGUAAUUUAAUUUAACUCAUUUCUUUUAUAAACUUACGUAUACCUUUACUAAGUAAAAAUACAGAAAAUUAAAAUAGAAAAUUAAAUGUUUCUUUUCAAUGAUUUUUUAUUUCUUUUUUCUUUUUUGCAAAAAAGUGUGUUGGCCAUUUGUUAUGAAAUCGUUUGUUGAGUCAACAAUUAGAAAUUGGCAUAACGAUGGAUGAUAAAUAACAAAUUUAGUUUAAAUUUAAUAGGAAAAUGUUAAGUUUUGCAAAUGCAAGCAGUUUAAGUUUUUUUUUUUGUUUUGGCACACAAACGAAUGCAAUGAAACAUGCGCUUGAUUUGAAACAGAAAUAAAUGCAAAACGUAUCAAAGUGCUAGGGCAUAAAAACUAAAUUUGAAUUUAUAAAUAUAACAUAAUUAAGUAUGAACAUGAUCAGAAACUACAUCAUAGUUGGACUAUAAAAAAAGAAAUGGCAAAUCAAAUUAUGUAUGCAUAUGCAAAAGUGUACAUGGGUAUGUAUGUAAGUGAAGUGUGUACUAUUUAAGUCGAGCAUCUAUCUAAAUAUCGUAAGUGUGAUUCGAGUACGGGAACAUUAAAGUUAAUAACGCUAAGGGCACAAUGUACAGUUAAACAUUUAAGUAUUAGAAAAAAAACAAAGGUUAAACAUCAAAUGUCUAAGUAUAGGUAAGUGUUUGAAGUAAGGGAUAAAGCUACAAAAAACGUCUUUUAUUUAAGUUUUUAACCUUUUUAAUUUUUAGCACUUUUUUUGUUUAUUGAGCUAUGUAGUAUAUAAUUUAAAUUUCUUUCAAUUUAUUAGGGUAGUUGAUGAGUAAUAAAUUAAUGUAUAUGGAAAAGCAGCCAGAACUCUAAUCGGUCAUAGAAAUUGAGGCAAAUAUGCGGUUAGUCAACAUAAUGCUCGCUUGCUGUAAGAACGUCGUAAUCCAUAAAAAAAAUUUUUGAGUUAAGUAUGCAGGAAUGACCGUUAAAAAUUCUUUACGAUAUCUUUCAACUGUGUCUCAUUUCGAAGGCAAUGCAUCUAUAAAUACAUAUUUUAAUUUUACUCUUUUUACUUAAAAAAAAAUGGGUAUGUGCGAGUUAAUUAAUAAUUACCGCAAUAUUGCAACUUUGUAGCUUUCUUGAUACUCUGUUGCUGAUGCUCAACGGAAUUCAUCUAAGGUGGUGUUGCUAGCACAGCUGGGCCCGAAUCGCGGCAUUGGUGAUCGAGUGAUUAUUCGUUUCGAAUCGAAUCAAAUAAAAUGGCAGCUGUUUUCUCCACAAUACAAUUUGAAUGCGCGAUGCACACUCGCUAUCCAACGCCGUGAUCUCAGAAGCCAAUUUCGAUUCGAGUUGCGGUCGAUAACGAAUGCCGCGGUUCGGGCCCAUAUUUUAUUCGCCUCUGUAUGUCGAAACUUCUUAUGAGUGAUCGAGAAAGUGAGAGUUUGAAUUGAGUUGAGCGAAUAAUAGCUGAAAUUUGGCAGUUGUGUAACGAAAGUAAAAACAAAAUACUUUGUUUGGGAGUUUUAUAUUUAAUUUUUUAGCUUUUAUUUAAUUUUCUUCAAUGGGAAUGGCAGAAAUGCAUCAAAGCAUCAGCCUCUUUUAUUUGUUGACUGUUGCUUUGGCUUGAUGCAUUUCUGAACGCAUCAGACAGAAAUGUGUCCUUCCUCGCAAGUUCAUCUGCCAUGCAAAUUACUUUCUAUUUAUGUAUGUCUCCAUGACCUUACCCACAUCUCGCGGGUGGAUAGUGAAUUCAGUAGCCAAUUUUUAAUUGACUUAUGCAUUCCAUUGACCUGAUAGUUCCUUGGCUAUCAGCAAAGAUAAUUACUGAAGGCAGGUUGAAAAAGGAGUCGGACAAGUCCAAGAGAAAGCGCCGCAGUGGUCUGACAGCCUAUAACAGAUGUUCAAUGAGAGGUCUUUCGAGUGUAUCCCGCUUCCUACUCUUAGAUUUAGUUUAUAUCCAUCUGUGUAUAAGGCUGUGGAGUCAUCUUUUGGGCCCAAGACCGACUCAUCUUCUCAAUCGUUUCUGAAAGGAAUACGCGUGAAGAGUUUGUUCUCAAGAUUGAGAGGAGGUGUAGUGUUGUCUGGGGACCUUAAAGGUGCGGGUAUCCCUAUUUUUGUAAUGCAGCUAGUCUUAUGGCAUUGCAGCUUGCCUGAAAUUGUGCAAAAAAGUGCUCGGGCAGAAAGUUGAGUAAGCCUAAGAACUUUUGUAUGAUUGUAGAUUGAGCUGUAAAGGGCUCUAGAUCUUCAAUGUGUUGUUUGGUUUGCUUUAACAGUGAAAUAAAAGCAGACUUUUUCAAUAUGUACAUUCGGAGGUUUGCAAAUGUCUGCCGGGGAGCGACCGCUAUUAGAAAAAAUAACUUGUUUUUGAAUGUUCCUCGACCCAGGGAUCGAACCCUAGACGUACCGGGUGGCAAUGCGCUGCUCUAGCCACUCAACCGCGCGCUAAUUUUAAUUUUGUAACCCGAUUAAAUUAGUUUUGAGUCAGAAAAAAUAAUCAAAAAUUAUGACAUUUGAGCAAAAGGAUAAUCAAAAUGCAAAGCUAUGGGCAGUGCUGAUUUACAUUUUUCUGUUUGCAUUCGAAAUACAAAUAUUUUGUUGCAUUUAUUUUUGUUUUUUUUUUUCAAAAACAGUUGCACUCUUUGUCGCACUUUUGUCUGUGAGAGUAAAGUUUUUCGAUCGCGCAAAGAAUAUAAUAUAUUAUAGCAAAGAAAAUUUUAUCUCGUCUAUUUAUAUGCAUAAUACUUGCAUAUGGAAGUAUGUAUGUAUAUACAUAUACAUAUAUAUUCAAUAAGUAAUUAAAGCUAAAGUUUAACAUUAUUCUGAAGAAAAAAAUGCGAUGCAGGUUUAUAUGUAUGUAUAUGUAAAUCUGGGAAGUUAAAGAUUAAUAGAACGUAUUGCUAAGGGAAUGAAUAUGGAUAUUGAUAUGUAUUUUUUUACUCAAUUAUGUACUAACGGUUCAACUAAUUAAGAAUACGAAAUACAAGUAAAUAAGGAAUCUUGCUUUCGACUGUAUGGGGCAUACAUACAUACAUACUUACUUAAGUAAAUGUGUAUUUAAAAUUCAUAAAACUCUUGCAUAAUAAAAACCUGGUAAAAAUUGUGAAGCCAUGCAUACGUACAUAAGGUUUAUAAGUAAAUGUGUAUGCAAGUAUGUAUGUACGAUGUUUGUAGUAAGCGCUUAAGAAAGAAAGCAUGUAAUUUAAUUGAAUGUGGAAAAUGGCAUGCUGGAGUUUAUCACAUCAUUUAAGUGCAAUCCCUUAACAUUUCGUAUAAAAUUUAGCAGAAUUUUAAAUUAAAGUUAUUAUUCUUUUUUUUGGUAGGAUGUUAUAAUCUGAUGUAUUUAUGUACAUAAACUUGGGUUAAAAGUUUUGUUAAGCGCAGCCAAGUAGUAUCUAGUAAAAAAAAAUUUCAUAAUUUGGCAUAGCCCAUUCCGAUUAACACCGAUCAAACCCUUUAUCAGUGUCCUCCAUGAUUACACCACGCGAUAUUGAUUCUGGAAUUUUUCAUCGUAUUAGGUAUGUAAAUAAAAAUUUUACGUUUUUGAUAUUUAAUAUGUAUUCACCUCACAGAAAUAUUGGGGUCAACACUUUGUAGUAAUUUAUUGCAAAAAAAAAACACGGGAAACCCUCUUUUCAUCAUGCGAUUAGCGCGCGCUUAUUAUAUAUUUAUUAUUUCCGACAAAUUGGAAAUUUUGAGUUAUCUAAUACGUAGGCAAGAUUUCGGAAGGAGAGUGAAAAAUUUUUAAGCGACAACUUAAAGGCGAGACAAACAAUGCAUAGAGGCUUCGCACAGUGGGUAAUAUCGAAAAAAAAUUCCAGACAUGGCGCACAGUGUACAA